UUACUUGCACAUUGCAGAACCGACUCCGUUGAUGGACGCCGGAGUAGAGGUUGUCGACCUUCACGCCUACAUUGCGAAGAUCGACCGCGAGUUCAAGACGCAACGGUACGACGACAUUGACGCACCAUUGCUAUAUGUACGCAUUGAGACCGGAGAGGCAACCUGCAUCGCUUUGAUUGAUUGCGGAGCAUCUCGCAACUACAUGAGUCAGGACUUCAUGGUACGCGCCGGCCUUGGCCCACGAGUCCGAAGGAAGUCCCAACCCACGCAAGUCACAUUGGCAGACGGUCACACGCACAAGUCAAUCGACCGGUGCAUUGACAACGUCCCAAUGUACUUUGCCCCUCACGCAAGUGAGGCGGUGUCCUUUGACAUUCUGGACACCAAAUUCGACAUGAUCUUGGGCAUGUCAUGGCUGCGAAGCGAGGACCACCCGGUGAACUUCUACCGCCGCACCGUUCACAUUCGUGAUCGGAACGGAGUACUAGUCCCAUGCACGGUAGCUCCUCCUCACCCUUCAGUCAGUUGUCACGUGGUAUCCGCCGCAAGCAUGCGAGCUUCCAUCAUCAGAGAUUACAUCGAGGAGAUGGGGGUGUGUUUUCUCCACGCCCUCCCGCCCCAAGACGCGUCAUCGACGGACUCAUCUUCGGAUCCACGCAUCACCAGACUUCUCGACGCCUACAACUACGUGUUUGAAGGCCCGCACGGAGUAGUACCGGAUCGGCCCAUCUGCCACGAGAUCAUCCUCGAGGACGGGGCCGUACCUCCACGCGGUUGCAUCUACCGAAUGAGCGAGGAAGAGUUAAGUGUGCUUCGGGCACAACUCGACGACCUUCUGGAGAAAGGCUGGAUUCGACCUAGCUCAUCGCCAUACGGUGCUCCUGUUCUCUUCGUCCGGAAGAAGAACAAGGAUUUGCGGUUGUGCAUCGAUUAUUGCAAGCUCAACGAGCAGACGAUCAGAAACGCCGGCCCUCUCCCACGCAUCGACGAUCUUCUCGAGCGACUGGGCGGCGCCAAGUUCUUCUCCAAGCUCGAUCUCAAGUCGGGAUAUCACCAGCUCGAGAUUCGCAAGGAGGAUCGCUACAAGACCACCCGAAGUUUGGAGGAGCAUGUGGAAUACCUGCGCACCGUUUUGGAGCGGCUACGACAGGCCAAGUACAAAGCCAACCGCGACAAGUGCGAAUUCGCACGGCAGGAGCUGGAGUACUUGGGACACUAUGUGACGCCACAAGGCAUCCGUCCGCUUGCGGACAAGAUCGAGGCCCUACGAGUAUGGCCCGAGCCCACCAACACCACAGACGUUCGUUCAUUCAUGGGAUUGGCAGGCUACUAUCAGCGAUUCAUCACCGGAUAUUCCAGGAUUGCUGCACCUAUGACGAGGUUACAGUCGCCAAAGGUGCCAUUCGUAUUCGAUGACGACGCACGCCGGUCAUUCCAAACACUUAAGACGGCUAUGCUUAUGGCACCCGUCCGUAGCAUCUAUGACCCCACACUGCCGACGAGAGUGACUACGGACGCUUCCGACUAUGGCAUUGGGGCAGUCUUGGAACAACACGACGGCGUCGACUGGCACCCUGUGGAGUAUUUCAGCCACAAAGUGCCUCCCAUCAACUCGCUUGAUGAUGCAAGGAAGAAGGAGCUGCUCGCAUUCGACAUGGCUCUCAAGCGAUGGCGGCACUUUCUCCUUGGGCGUCGUAGGUUCACAUGGGACAUCCAAACAAAAUAUGGAGCAAUAUUCGAUGAAGACAGUGGUGGGAAUGUGGCCGUGACAUUUGGAAAUGACGUUGAAGCAAUCGAUGCAGCAAAGACACAUGCUGUGGUCAUUGACCGUACUCAUUAUGGGCGUAUAAGAGUGUCAGACGAGGAUAGGAUCAGAUUCCUUCACAAUCAGAGCACCGCAGACUUCCAGAUACUGAAACAAGGACAAGGAUGCGAUACUGUUUUCGUGACUCCAACGGCACGGACAAUUGAUCUAGCGACUGCUUAUAUCAUGAACUCUUCUGUCAUUGUCGUUACAUCUCCAAGUUUACGGCAUGAGCUGGUGACAACAUUGGACAAGUAUAUUUUCUUUGCGGAUAAGGUCAAGGUGGAAGACAUAACUGACCGGACUGCAAUGCUAUCCAUCAUCGGGCCCAAGAGCGGGGAGAUUUUGGAGGACAUGAAAGCAGAGGCAGUUGUGGGGACACCUUAUGGAACCAACAUGCAUUUUGAGCUGUUUGGUGAGCCAGUGACCAUCGCAUCAGGGGCAGGGCUUGCUUCGGAGGGUUACACUCUUAUUAUGACCCCUGAUUCUGCAGGCUUAGUCUGGGAGAAUCUUGUUGGAAAGGGGGCCGUGCCAAUGGGUGAGGCUGCCUGGGAAAAGCUUCGCAUUCUGGAAGGGAGACCGUCUCCUGGGAAGGAAUUGACAGGAGACUACAACCCACUCGAAGCUGGCCUCUGGAAGACCAUCUCAUUAACCAAAGGAUGCUAUAUCGGUCAGGAGACUAUUGCUCGCGUAAUCACCUACGAUGCUCUCAAGCAACAACUUUGGGGAUUGGAGCUGGAGGGCCUAGCAGAGCCAGGGACGAUAAUCACAGCAGCGAACAGCGACGAGAAAGUCGGGAAAUUGACAAGUUUUGCUGAAGUAGAUGGAAAGUUCUUUGGGUUGGGCUACAUCAAGAGGACAGCUGGAGGUGAAGGAAUGCAAGUGUCUGUGGGUGGAACGAAAGGACUUGUGGUUGAGGUACCCUAUUUGACGCGCAGCCUGACACAGUAGUCUAGAAGCGGAACUAUCUCAGUGAAACAGCUCUCUGUUAUAUGUGCACGUGUGCUCAUCGGAUCAUAGUGCCUCUGUGCAGAGCUGGCUGGUCAUUUCUCCUUUUCCAGAUUUUAGCAGCUGAUUUGGUGUCUGUUGUUUGUUGGUUGGCUGGCCACUAUGAACCAGACCAACCACCAGUGUGAAACGGGCAUAGGAAAAGCCAUGAACCCCUGCAUCGUCUUUCCACCAGCACGUAAAAAGUCAGUGAUAGAAAGGAAUGAAACACCGACAUACUGUGAGAAGGCCAGCCUUCAAGACACAAGAGUAUACGAGGCUAUUAAACCACUAGUACACGGCCCCAGCCUUGCAGAAAGUAAAUGUCGCAACAAGCA